GUAUUCGCUCUGAAUUAAGAUAGAAGUCGUGUUUUCGUUUAUGGUGCUACCUGCAAUCAAUAUGCUGGCACACUUCAAAUGCUUCUCACCCAAACAUGUCUGAUGUGUUCAAGCAUUAAAUAUUCAAGAGCUGGAAUAUCAAGGAGGGUUUUUAUCAUUGCAUUUCCUGUCCACGGAGGUACCCUGAAGCUACCGGUUAGCCUCUGGGAGAUGAUGUUGGCUUGGUGAAGGUUGUGAAUUUAUGUUGUCACCCCAAUUUCACUUAAAGUGAGAUUCUCGGAGCAGUGAGAAAAGAUCCGAAGUGCAGGGAUCAUCUCCAGGCACUGCGGAGCACAUCAUAGAACCAAUUUCCCUUGGGUAUAUCACCAGGAGAUUAUUUCUCGUGUAUCAGCAUCCUUUCAAACAUUGAUUGAUGCGUCUAUUUCGCGAGUCUACAGCUCAUUUACCACAUUUGUUCUGCCAUGUUUUUUCUCGAAAUCCAGACUGGACCCGAGUUUUAAUGCAGACAUUCACCGGAAGCAAGCCUUGUGUAUUCAAGUGACAGAUAGGUUUUUUAAUAGCAAGCUAGCUAGCUAGAAGCAGGAGGCUGCACAGCAGUUAUUCCUCCAUGAUUAAUCCUCCAUUAAGACAGGGGUACUGUGUAAGAAAGGGAAUAGUUCAUUUGUCAUAUUCCUGUGCCUCUUCUUCCCAUGUUUUCAACACUGUGACUUGUGUAUAUGCCGAUGCAUAGUCUUUUACAUAUAUUCUUAUCCAACAUAACAUGGCCGAACGGUAUGUCUAUACUCAAAAGGCAAAAGAAGAGUUAAGAGCCGCCAAAGACAUUGCGGAUCGCUUGGCCACUAGAGGAUGGUGUAACAGUAUAUGUCAGGGAAGAGAAUGCAGUGCAUCGUAUAAUUUCGGCAACAACCCACACCGUCCACACUCGUCGCUGUCCGACCAACAAAACAUGGGGACCCUGGAGCUGAGUCUGCGCUACCCGACGGGGGUUCACGUCGGAAUGGAGCCCGAGUGCAAUAACUUCCACGGCCUUGAUGAUCACGACGACCAUGAACCAGAUGAAGACUUGUGGACACUGAUGAGCAUGAUGCACGGUUUGAUCGUGGUCACCAUGGUGUUUGUCCUCGACACCGCGCAGGUCUUCCUUCGGGACUCGACGGAGGCUCGACCCGUCUUACUGAGUCACGUCGAAGGCUUCUUCAUCUUCCUCUAUCUCGUCUCCAUCGCCUGGAUGAUCGUCGUCAUAGUACUAAAGAGACCACUGCCCUCUAGCGACGACGAGGAGAGAAUCGAUACCCAGGCGGGAAGCCGAUAUUCAAAUGUCGGAUUGCUGUUUUUCGGAAUAGGCAGUUGCCUGUGGGCCAUCAUGAGAACGGCGUCGCACAUCGAGAAGAAUGGUGGGCCAUGUGGCGCCCGGGGCAUCUUCGCCUUCGGGUCGAUCCUCAGUGUGGCCUUCACUAUGCUGCAGAUUUACUACUUCUGGCGGUUCUCCCGCUAUUGUAUCGUCAGGUGGCAGCCCUUGGCCAAAAUGGCUCUCAUGCACCUUUGCGCAAACAACGUCUCAGUAUGGGCACGAACCAUGAUCGAAGAGACAUGGGAGGACUUCUUGCUUAAGUACAUGAAAGGUACAUACGACAAGGGCGCCGGUAAGGGCUACGACAAGGGAUCGUCAGGAAAGGGCUACGAUACGGGUGGUGCUGCCUACGACCCAACGGGAGCUGGUACGGCGUACGAUGCCGGCACUGGCUACACCCCCAGUGGCGGUUCAAACGGCGGCGGGGGUUACAACCCUGGUGGCGGUCCAAGCUACGGAGGAGGUAGUCGGACGCCGGGGUACAGCACAGGAGCCAGGUUGUUGCAGGAGCUGGCAGGGUAUACGGCACAAGAUCCAGUCCCUGUGUUUGGUGCGUAUGGGGACCCUGUGUACGGCUACGGUUACGGAGGUGCAAUGGAUAACUACGUGAAUCCGAAUGACGUCAUCUAUAACGGUACCACAUUCGGUGGAGGAAAUGGCUCCCUCUCACCGGUUGAGGAGUGUCUGGACGGCAAGUACGACACUGGUCUUGGUCUGGCUACCUACAAAGCUUCUGUGUUCCUGUAUUCCUUCACUGUGGAGUACAGUAUCAUCGGAGCGGCCAUGGCUUACGUCAUGUGGAAGAACAUCGGGAGGAAAGUCCACACCAGCCAAAAACCCACCAACAGUACGGAAAUGAGUUUUAGUUUCGAGUGCGGUCUGCUCCUGGGUGUCCUCUGCACGAUGUGUGGCGUUAUCAUCCUCAUCCUCAACAUCAUCUAUCUCGGUGACCCCGAGAAAUCGAAAGAGAGCUUCGUCAGUAUCCAUGGUUACCGAAUCUUUCUCAAUUUCGUCUCGAUAUUGGGAUGUAUACUCGCUUUCAUUGGAAUACACAGAGGCGGUUGGCAGACGGAUCACAGCGCUGGACCUGCACAUCGAGUGGACGCAGCGCUGCUAUGGAUGUGUGUGACUGGGGUGUUCCUGCAGGGUAUCUACACCUUUGUAGCCUCUGCCUCUUCCAUGGGCGUGUCCGAACACGCAGGGCUCAUCUGGGUGGAUGAGACUACGCAUUUGAUCCAGACCGUCAUGCAGGUGCUUCUAAUUUUGGACGCCAUGCAUCGCAAGCCGCCUGAAGACUUCAAGCAGACCCGCACCAAGCAGAUUAUCAUGUUCCUUCUCGUCUGCAACAUCACCUGGUGGUUGGUCAACACGUACGAGCUCAAAGGUGGCUACGACCUCUUCGCCCUCGAGAACAACUACUACGGCGCCACCGCCUGGUAUGUCAUCGUCCACAUCGCCGCCCCACUCAAGAUCCUCUUCCGAUUCCACUCCACCGCCUGCUUCUUCGAGAUCUGGAGCACCAAGGGGGUAGAUUCCAACAAUGGACAUUAAUCCUUGAUGGGCUGAUCAUUCGCCGAUCAUGGUAUAUGGUUGAUUCCAGUGCCAUUGAUUAGGAGAGUUUGGCCAACCCGGUUCGACACGGGCACGAUAUUGCGAAUACUGCUUUGUUCGGCAAGCACAGAACAAAAAAAUAUACGCCACGUUGUAACGUACUGAAACCAAGUUGGCCAAACUCUAUGUAUAGAUGGCUCUGGUAGGUCCUUCAUGGAGAUGAAAAGCUCUCAACAGAGGGCGGACACUGAUGGAUUUUUUAAAUCGAAAGAUUAGGCCUAUCCUUUGACUGCUGUUCUUGAGUUGUUGGAACAUAACUUAAUGGACUGCUUUAUAAUUUCGUUGGUUUCGUGUGAAUGGACACCCAAACACAGGCAAUAGAUCAUUUACUAACAUAUUUAAAUGUUAUGUACACACUCUCUCUCUCUGUGCAAAGGUUACUCUUGAGGACUCGAAUGAUUACCAUGCUUUCCCAACACAGCAACAACCAUAGCGUAUUGAGAUUGAUAGUCGUAAAACGAGCGGUCGUAUGCACCCAAAGUUAAGUCAAUGGAGCUCCAACUAGAGUUUCCUCCCACAUACAACCUCUAUGGGAGAGAACUAUAUCAGCGCUCCAUUUGUUAACCUUGAGUGCGUACGCAUGUGCAUGUCACAACUAUCUCUCCAAUACGCUAUGGAAACAACUAAUGAUGCAGGAUAGAUUCUUUCAAUACAAAUACAGAUCAGAAAGAACAGUUGAAUUUACUAAUUCGACAUUUAGUAUCCUUGGGAAACGUAUUAUUUAAUUUGAAUACAUUAGUAAACAUUGUUGUUGUUCUGGUGACACAUUUCUACGUUUUCUCUAUGAAUUUUAAUGCAUUUGUCAUGAAAGUGUAUGAAAUUUUUUUCGCAAGACCUAUAACUAUGACAUACCCUGAUAGGCUGAAUUGUGAAGGGGAUAUUGUUUGACAUUGUUCUUUGAUGAGCCUUGUGACAAAUGAAAUGAACCUAUAUCUGCGUUCUUUCUUGUCGAAUUAUCAAUGUUCGUAAUCUGCGUGAAAGCUGUUGCUUUCUGUUGAUUAAUAUGUAGGGUUGUGCAUUAGAGUUUUGUUUCAUUUUCCUCGAAGGAAAUAAUUUCUUAAUAUGUUGCCCAUGUUUUAAUUAUGAUCGCAUAACUUUCAUUUAUGUAAAACUUUUCAUAUGAAUAAUUAUUCAUUGUUUAUUAAGCAAUGUGCAAUGAAUUUGUUCUAUUCAACUUAUGUGCAAUAUCUCAUACUUUGUAUUAUCUUCAGUAUGAUUUCUCAUACUUGCUGUCGCAGGCUGUAUUUUUGAAAACUCUUUUCACAAUGUUCGUUGUUUAUAAUUAUGAAGGUACGUUUUGUCUAUAUGUGAAAAUAUUGAUGGUAAUGUCGCUCGAUGCUCGUUUUGUAAGUAUAUUAUUAAGCCAACAUUGUAGAGAAAGACAUAUCCCGGUGAUAUAUAUAUAUGCCAUGCGGGAGUCAUGGUUGAUUUAUACUAUCUCUUCUUGAGGCUUGUUCACACAUGACUCGAUUUUACCGCCGCGAUAUACUGCGUCAUAUGCGAACGGAGUGAGCCUUUGAGGCUGUGACUUGUAUGACGCUCACCUAAUCAAUGAGAAAAUGUGUAGUUCAACAAAUGUACAUGUAUUACGCAUUUUAGAUAACAUUUUGACACGAUGGUCAAAUUACUUGAUUUUCUAAAGGUAUUCUCUGAGAAUGUAAGUAAAAAGAAACAUCCAUGAAUGUUUCGAUAAAUAAUUUAAUGCUUAGUAAGGGUUUCCAUAAACUUGUCACUUUAGUAAUAGAUCGUCAUUAUAACAUAUCGAAGUAGGACAGUUAUUCGCAGAAUACCUAUUUUUCAAGAGCAUAAUUGCACCUCACAUAUGCAAAAUAUGUCUUUUAUUUUAAUGCUAACGUACGAUACAUUUUGUUCAUGGUUUGUGUAUAUACCAAUGAAAAUAAGACAACAUAUAGAAAUGGAUAUUGAUUUCGUAAAAUGUGUUUAUUUUUAACAAGAUCUAAGUUAUAUUCUUAUUCGUACAAUUGAGAAUAUAAUUACUUUGGUGUAAACAGGGUAAAACGUUAAUAAAAUAUCACCGUUGGAUUCAAAUAAAAAAUACACCAUUAACCCUUUAAAACACGACGAUAUGAAAUAUGAAUAUAAUGAGAUGGAAGAAAUGCAUAUAUUGUUGUCACGUUUACAUGCAAUUAGAAACAAAUAUAUGUUUCAUGCAAGGUCCAACGUAGCUAUGCAAAUGUGGCUACACAAGUAUAUAAUAUAUAUAUAUUAUUUUUUGUAACAAAAUCUAAUGAAAAUAAUGAUAGUUAUUGUGUAAUGGCAGCGAUGGACAUUGGAUUCAUCAUACAUAGUGUAUCUUUGAAGAUAUAACUAUAUACAUCAGUUUGAACCACACAUGGGAUACAAUCCAAAGACUGGCCCAGGAUCGGAAAGAGUGGAAGACUUUUGUUGCUGCCCUAUGUGCCAGGAGGCAUAAUGGGCAGUAAGUAAGUAAAGUAAGUACAUCAGUUUGUAUAGAUUUUCUGGCGGGUUUUGCAAUACAAUUUGAAUAGUAAAUGAAUACAAGAUGAGUGUAUAUGCACAGAUAUGCAAAGAUGAGUCUAGAAUGUCAUGAAUGCCUGUUUAUAUGCAAUAUUCAACAUGUCUCUUAUUUUUUAUUAUCUGCUGUCAAAUACAUUUUCAUGCUCGAAUCGAA